UUCAGACUUGUGCUCUGCUGACAUGGAGAUCAAACGGCGAAAUUCGCCUGCUUCCACAGAGUGAAUCAGGCUGCGAAUUGCGUGCAUAACAUCGACUGGGAUUGGAAAUUUUUCCAUCCAACGCUCCACCUCAUUGAUUCCAUAACGGGUUUGAAAUUCAGAAAAAAAGGUUCUGAACACCGCUAAAACAUUAAUAACUAUUAGCAAUGGGACUUUCUCAUGAUGGAUAUUUGCAGUGGUGAAUAUAAGUGUAAGUAAUGAUUUUUCACUAAUAACUCGAGUGCAGUUACAGCUGAAGCCUGUUUUGUUCGUCUGUUAAUGAUCUGCUAGAAAGUCCGCGGUAGCCUAUCCUUGUUCUGGACAAAUAAGCAGGACUGCAUUUUUUUGCUGCUAGAAAGCAACAAAUUAAUAUUUUUUAUGGGGAGACAACCAGUGUGUAAAUCGUCAAGUCAAAGUACGCACAAUCUGAGAGCCAAAGCGUACUCCGUCUGUGGUUCGCCUUAGGGUACACAAGUCUGUCGCCAUGAGUUUAGUUGGAGGGUUUCCCCACCACCCGGUGAUGCAUCAUGACGGCUAUUCCUUCGCUGCUGCAGCUGCUGCCAGUCGCUGUCAUGAAGAACCCCCCUACUUUCAUGGGUGGCUUAUCAGCCAUCCGGAGAUGUCUCCUCCAGACUACAGUAUGGCACCCUCCUACAGCCCCGAAUACUCGGCGGGAGCACCCGGGCUCGACCACUCGCACUACGGGGGAGUACCGGGGGCCGGCGCCGUUGGAAUGGGACCCCGACCAGUGAAACGUAGACCCACGGCAAACCGAAAGGAGAGGCGCAGGACUCAGAGUAUCAACAGCGCCUUUGCAGAACUCAGGGAAUGCAUUCCCAACGUGCCCGCGGAUACGAAGCUGUCCAAAAUCAAAACCCUUCGUUUGGCUACCAGUUACAUUGCUUACCUUAUGGACAUUCUGGACAAAGACGAACAGAACGGGGAAGCAGAGGCCUUCAAAGCGGAAUUCAAAAAGACAGACGCCAAAGAAGAAAGGCGAAAGAAAGAAAUGAACGACGUUUUGAAAAAUUCAGGGAGCAGUAAUGACAAGAAAACUAAAGGGAGAACUGGUUGGCCGCAGCAUGUGUGGGCAUUGGAACUGAAACAAUGAGACUAAUGCAAAAGACACAAAAUGAGGCCCUCUGAACUCAUUUUUAGUUGUUCUCUCACUUUAUUUAAUGGAAUAUUUAUGUGCAAUUUCCCGCUACGGACAGUGGAUAUUUGAGGAAAAACCAUUCCAUUUUAGAAGGAGGAUAGGCUACUCUCUUGGUAAGAGA